AUGGCGUUCACCAGGCAGGUCUGGUCGCUGGUCAAAAAGAACUUCCUGCUUGCGCUGGUUCGACCAUAUAUUACAACGCCACUGCGAGCCUUCGUGCUUCCGGUUAUUCUUAUUGCUUUCUUAUCGUUCGCUCGUAACUUAUUCGUCGUCCCGUCGAAAUAUGGAAUUGCACCAUCUACUCCCAUUUUACCCUUUGGUGAGGCCCUGAAGGCAGUGUCCUCUUCACGGACAAAUGUUGUCUUUGUCAAUAAUGGCUUCGAACAUGGUGAUAUUGCGCGGGUCAUCGACCGGGUGUCUACACCCGUGCGUGCGAGCGGAAAAACUGUCACUGUCUUGUCAUCGGUCAAUGAAGUCCAGGAUAUAUGCAAAAGCUCCAUUUUGGGGACGAGUUCCUGUGUAGCUGUAGCUGUCUUUGCUUCUUCCCCGAAGGAGGGAAAUGGCGGCAGAUGGAACUACACUAUCAAGGCAGACGGGGCUCUCGGAAAGAACAUCGAUGUCAAAUCGACUACCAACGAUGCCCAGACAUAUAUUCUCCCUUUCCAACAUGAAAUUGAUUGGGCUAUUGCUUCUGUCAAUGGGACACAUGGGCCAGUUAACAAACAGGUCUUUCAAUAUCCAUAUACAUCAAAGUCCGAAGAGGAACGUAUCAAGGACAACCGUAUUAGAUAUACUGGCACCAUCAUCAGUAUUCUAGCCAUCGCAUUCCUCGUGGGCAGCAUCGGUAUUACCUAUCAGUUAACCGGUCUCGUUGCAACUGAGCGAGAGUUGGGUCUCUCCCAGCUUAUUGACUGCAUGAUCCCAACUACGAGCCCCUGGAAAUCUCAAGCUGCACGCUUCCUUUCUGUUCACCUCGCGCUUGACCUUAUCUACCUUCCGGGCUGGAUAGCAAUGGCUAUAAUACUAAAAGCUGUUGUAUUUACGAAAUCCUCCGUUGGCAUCCAGAUCAUUUUCCAACUCCUGGCUGGCCUGUCCUUGGCCUCGUUUGCAUUGUUCGGAGCAUCUUUCUUUAAAAAGGCACAGUUGAGCGGAAUUACAGUCGUCAUCACCUCCUUGGGCCUUGGUAUUGUUGCUCAAGUCGUCCACCCCUCCAGUUCUGCUGCUGUUGCUAUUUUGUCCCUCCUUUUCCCACCCAUGAACUUUAUUCACUUCGUCGUCUUCAUGGCGAGAUGGGAAAGACAGGAUCAAGCGACCAAUCUCGUGAAAAGCGCCCCCGAAAGCCCUUGGAGUAUCCCUGGUAUUGUAUUUUGGAUAUUCGCUAUCAUCCAUAUCAUAAUCUUCCCCAUCCUUGCUGCUGUUGUCGAACGUUUGCUCCAUGGAACCGGCUCUAGAUGCAGGAAGAGCAUAAGGUCGGAUUUAGCACCAUAUGCCGUCUCUCUUAGCGGCUUUACAAAAGAGUACAAACCAAGCUGGUUCCAUAGAACCAUCGCUCCGAUAUUUGGAAGCCGACGUGAAACCGUUUUGGCCGUUGAUAACCUCAAUCUUCAUGUUAACAAGGGUGAAAUCAUGGUCCUUCUCGGAGCGAACGGCAGUGGAAAGUCAACCACCCUCGACGCCAUAUCAGGAGUUUCGAAGACCACAUCCGGCGAGGUGUCCGUGGCAUACCCUGAAAAUGCCGGCGGUUUUGGCAUGUGUCCGCAGAAGAAUGUGAUCUGGGAUAAGCUUACCGUUCAAGAGCACAUUUCAAUCUUUAAUGGUCUGAAGACUCUCGGCAAGCCAGAUAGCAAGGCGGACAUUGCGGAACUUGUAGCAGCAUGUGACCUUGACAAGAAACUGAAUUCUCGCGCCGGAACUCUGUCUGGUGGACAGAAGAGAAAGUUACAGUUGGCUAUGAUGUUUACUGGUGGAUCUUCCGUAUGCUGCGUUGAUGAGGUUUCGUCUGGCCUAGACCCUAUCUCCCGACGAAAGAUCUGGGAUAUUCUCCUAGCGGAACGAGGAAAACGAACUAUCUUGUUGACGACGCACUUCCUUGACGAAGCUGACGUGAUUGCGGACAGCAUUGCCAUCUUGUCAAAGGGUGUCCUCAAGGCUGAAGGUUCUAGUGUUGAGCUUAAGCAUAAGCUUGGAUCCGGCUAUAGGAUUUAUGUAUACCAGGGACAUAUAUCUGAAAAGCUACACUUGCCAGAGACAUUGCGGACUGAAAUUCUACAUGACCAGGUUAUCUAUACCGUCGCCGAUUCCUCGCAGGCGGCUAGGUUCGUUAGCCUCCUGGAAGAAAAUGGAAUCACCGAGUACCGUGUCAGUGGCCCAACUAUCGAGGACGUCUUCCUAAAGGUCGCCGAGGAAAUCUAUAAGGAAGCCGAAAACUGGGAAGAUGACGGAAAGACUGGCAAGGCCUCUGACCAGACGCCACAUCUUCUUACCGGUCGCCGCAUCGGGAUGGCCCAACAAGCCUGGGUCCUCCUAUGCAAGCGAACUACCAUCCUUCGUCGGAAUUACCUCCCUACCAUCGCUGCGUUCUUGCUCCCAAUUAUCGCAGCUGGGUUGGUAUCUCUCCUAAUGAAGGAUUAUGAACUUCCAGCCUGUACAGGACCCGCUGCAUUCUCUCAAUCAAACGUCAACUCCAUCUUGAACCAAGUUAAGCUGAAAUUGGUGCUUGGGCCAAGCAGCAAACUUUCGGCAGGCAGUCUACUAUCUCUUGGUGGAGGACUGGGAGGAGCUGCAGGCGGUUCGCUACCAGCGAAUGUUACGGAUGCUUUGCGAGAUGGCACUCACAUCGUGAACUCCCUUCAGGAGUUCAAUGAUUACAUUGCCACAAACUUCCGGAAUGUUACUCCCGGUGGGUUUUAUCUUGGAGAUGACACUUCGCCGCCAACAUUCGCAUGGAAAGGCAAUACCGGCCCUGCCCUGGCCUCGAUUCUGCAGAAUCAGAUGAACAAUCUUUUGAACAAUGUUUCCAUCUCUACCCAGUACCAGAUCCUUGAGGUUCCAUGGAUAUCAUCAGCGUCGAGCACACUCCAACUAGUUAUCUAUUUGGGUCUGGCUUUAUCCGCUUACCCAGCCUUCUUCUCUCUUUACCUUACUAUCGAGAAACUUCGACAUGUCAGAGAUCUACACUACAGCAACGGAGUCAGAAGUCUUCCGUUAUGGCUGUCCUAUCUUUCGUUUGAUUUCGGUAUCGCCCUCACAUCGACUGUUAUAAUGGUGAUAAUCUUCAGAGCCGUUUCAUCUAGCUGGUACCAUCUAGAGUAUCUCUUUGUCGUCUUCUUCCUUUACGCCAUCACCUCGACAUUGUUCGCUUAUAUCAUUUCGGUGUUUGCUGCAUCUCAGCUUGCUGCUUUUGCCUUUGCUGCUGGAGGUCAAGCGGUUCUAUUCCUUGUUUAUCUGAUUGCAUACAUGUCUGUCGUCACCUAUGCCCCAACAGACCAGGUACAAAACCUCCUACUGGUUGUUCACUUCGCCAUUGCCGUCAUCUCUCCCAUUGGCAACGUAAUCCGUGCCCUCUUCGUUGCCCUAAACGUCUUCUCAACAAUCUGUCGAGAUAAGGAGAUAGUCAGUUACCCCGGAGAUAUUACCGCAUACGGCGGUCCUAUUCUCUACCUCAUCUUGCAGGCCCUAGUAUUAUUCGGCUUGCUUUUGUUUUGGGAUUCGGGCCUAUCCUUCCGACGCUUCACCAAGAAGAAGCAAUCCGAUGGAGAGAAAGAGGUUAACGGCGACCCGAACCUUGGACAUGAACUUCAGCGUGUGUCGAGUUCCAAUGAUGGCCUUCGUGCCGUCAAUUUGACCAAGUCAUUUGGAAAAUUCACGGCAGUCGAAGAUGUUACUUUUGGAGUACCCCGUGGUGAAGUAUUCGCACUCCUAGGCCCCAAUGGAGCUGGAAAAUCCACUACCAUCAGCCUGAUUCGAGGAGACAUUCAGCCCUCCAACAGCAAUGGUGAGAUAUUUAUAGAAAAUAUACCCGUCACUACACAGCGAGCAGCUGCUCGGUCCCAUAUGGGAGUUUGCCCACAGUUCGAUGCCAUAGAUCAACUGACCGUAUUGGAACAUCUGCGAUUCUACGCACGCAUUCGAGGAAUACCAGAUGUCGAGCACAAUGUACGUGAAGUCAUUCGAGCCGUUGGCCUGACGCCGUAUGGAAACAGAAUGGCCAUGCAACUUUCUGGUGGAAACAAGAGGAAGCUGUCUCUUGGAAUCGCCUUGAUGGGAAACCCGACAGUUCUACUGUUAGAUGAACCGUCAUCUGGAAUGGACGCUGCUUCGAAGCGAGUUAUGUGGCGCACCCUAGAGUCUGUUGUCCCAGGCCGAUCGUUAGUCCUAACGACACAUUCAAUGGAAGAAGCCGAUGCACUCGCUUCCCGUGCCGGUAUCAUGGCUAAACGAAUGCUUGCCAUCGGCACUACCGACGACCUACGCCGCCGCCAUGGUAACGCCUAUCACGUCCAUAUCGUCCAUAAGAACGCACCACAUACCACCAUAGCAGACAUGGAAGAAAUCCGUUCUUGGGUUGUCAACACACUUCCCGGUGCUUCCGUCGAGCGAAAGACGUAUCAUGGACAGCUGCGAUUCAGCCUUAGUAACUCAUCAUCCCUUUCGAGCAACGGUACAUCCGAUUCACCAACGCACCAACCGGGCGAGGACGACUAUAUCUACGCGGACUCUCCAGUAUCCGGACGAAGCAAUGAAUACCAUGAUAGUGGCAAGGUCAGCACCAGCAAGCUAUUCUCGCUUCUCGAGCAGAACAAGGAGAGACUAGGGUUCGCUUAUUAUUCUGUCAGCCAAACUACUCUUGACCAGGUGUUCUUGACCAUAGUUGGGCAACAUGAUAUCAAGGAGGAAGGAGAGUAA